UUUCAUGGCUAGUGUAUGGUUAUCCAUAUUUAGGUGCAUGCACUUUCUUCCAUUACAAUUUAAGUUCCUCACAACCUUGAUUUUUGUCAUUUAUCCCAUUAUCAUCAAUUUGGAUUGAUUUUAUCAGAAUGAGCCAACAACCCAGAAGAGAGGAAUUUGAGCAGUCAUUAGCAACCAAAAAUGACAAGAUUGAGCUUAGUGGUCCUGUCGUCAGACAAGAGGUUGGUGAGCGAAGAGGCGAAAUAACCAUUGGUGAAGCACUUGAAGCAACAGCAUUAACAUCAGGAAACAAAGCAGUUGAUUACAGUGAUGCAGCUGCAAUACAAGCUGCAGAAGUCAGAGCAACAGGCCGUACCAACAUCGUCCCUGGUGGUGUGGCUGCAGCAGCUCAAUCCGCGGCAACAAGAAAUGCUCGUCUUACACAAUACGAGGAGAAAACCAAAUUGAGUGAAGUUCUUGCGGACGCAGCUUCAAAGUUACCAUCAGAUAAACCAGUGACACGUCGAGAUGCUGAAGGAGUUAUUGGGGCAGAGUUGAGGAAUGAUCCUAACAUCACUACCCAUCCGGGAGGGGUCGCAGCAUCGUUGGUUGCAGCUGCCAGGAUCAACCAGAGCAAACAGAAUGCAGACAGCCCCCGCAGCCCCCAGAGUCCGGGAAAAAACUAACACACACACACACACACACACACACACACUUUACUAAGAUUAUAUUGCAUAACACUUUUUGAAUUUUUUUCCCUUUCUGUCAUUGUGUUUAUACUAGCACAUAUCCUUGUUAUGCACGAAUUGUUUAUUACUUUUAUUUGGACAAAAAUGUAAAUUAUUUGUAUAAAUAUUUUAGUACCUGAUAUAUAAUGUUUACCAGCAGUUA